UCUUUCGCCCCUAUACCCAAGUCUGAAAAGCGAUUUGCACGUCAGCACAUCUACGAGCCUCCACCAGAGGUUACUCUGGCUUCACCCUGCUCAGGCAUAGUUCACCAUCUUUCGGGUCCCAACAGGUAUGCUCGCACUCAAACCUUUCGCAAAAGCAAC